AUUGUGAGAAAUAGCUAAAUUUGGAGAGAUUUAGGUAGCGCUGUGCAAUGCUCUUCACCGUAUCCACAGUUCUUCUGUGUUGUGGUAGUCUCCAACUUUGUAAAAUUCAAAAUGAUACAACCCACAUGUGGAUAAAACUCGUUGUUAAUGCAUGGUUCUAGGGAAUUUUUGCCUCUUGGGUUGUAUAGAUCCAUGUAGUGAAGCUGUUCGCCUAAAGGAUGCUUCAGGAGAUUGGAAGACAUUUUACAUACGUGACAAGUUAGAUGUCGGUGGAUUUAGUCGAAUCGAUCUUGUCGUUGAAAAGAUAUCUAGACGGUCGUUUGCUUUGAAACGUAUUAUGUGUCAUUCAAAAUGUGAUGAAGACAAAGCAUUAACAGAAGCGAAUUUCCAAUUGAGUCUACCGAAUCAUCCAAAUUUACUUCUAUGUAUCGCAAGUGGCAUACAAGAAGUCAUUCAACAUCGCCAGGGUGCUAUUUCAGAAGUCCUCCUUGUAUUGCCCUUUAGCGAGAGAGGUACACUUCAAAGGGAAAUCGAUAUUAGAUCUCUUCAGAACAAUAAAUUUCCCUCUUAUGUCGUAAAAACCUUAAUGACUGGUAUAUGCGAAGGUCUUCUAGCCCUCCUUUCUCUCGACAUCCCAAUGUCUCAUAGAGAUAUAAAGCCUGGGAAUGUUCUUUUAUUUGAGGAUGUAAGACCAGUUUUAAUGGAUUUCGGUUCUGUUACUCCAGCCACUCUUCGUAUUGAAAAUACAAAAGAUGUUGAAAAGUGGAAGGAGUUUGCUGAAGAAAACUGUUCAUUGACUUAUCGGGCCCCAGAGUUUUUCAACCCAACAAUCCAGCAAAAUAUAACUGAGAAAGCUGACAUAUGGUCUUUAGGGUGCCUACUGUAUGCCUUGUUUUUUUCCAAAUCUCCGAUGGAUUUAGUUCACUCUCGAGGUGAUAGCGUUGCUUUGGCAGCUUGUUCAGCAAAUAUAACCUUUCCCGUGUAUGCAUGUUCACAACUCCCAUAUCAAGUGAUGACAUUACUGAAAUUGAUGUUGUCAGCAAAUCCUCAAGAUCGACCAUCGUUGGCACAAAUUUCAGACUUCUUUAAAAACCUACCGACAGAAAGUAUCCACUACGAUAGUAGUCAAAGUGCAAUAACGUGUUCUUUUUAGUGUGAGCUUACAAUAAAUACAUUCCAUUUUAACAUAUCCACUUUCAUAUCUUAUGAUUGCUUUGUAAACGCUUAAGAUUUAGUAAUCUAUAUACUUUCUUCUUUUCCUCUGGAGAUUUUCUACAACUUUUGUUUACUUCGACCUGUUAACUGAUAUUUUCUUUUGGGUUACUUAGUUUUCUGUAUCUGCUAAUAUUCCAUGUGAUAAUUACUAUGACAUUCCAGCAUACAUUUCGUUUUCAUGCUUUUGUUUGUGAUGGAGAUACUAAGUUCGUAGACAACUGUGCUGUCAA